AGUAUCAGACCAACCAUCCCCAACUGCCAACUUCCUUCCAUCAUUCCAGCAAGACUCACUGACUGAUGACACAGUUAAGAUUACAGAGAGUGAUUCCUCUGUUAUCAGAAAAGCACCAUUUACCACCAAUGCUGUCCCUGGCACCUCCAAGAAGCUCUCAUCACCCACAAAGAUUAAAAAAGGUGUCACUGAAGUUAGUUACAGCAUAGUGGACUUAACCAGCACACACUCCACCCAUGAAUUUACCACUAGCAGCUCAACAGUUACCUCUCAGUUAUCUUCUACCACCACCACUACCACCACCACCACCACCACUACAUUUCCUGCAACCACCUCUACCACCACUUCCAAAAAAGACUCCAGUAGUAAAAGUAGCUUCCCUGACUUUACAAGGAAUACAUUCAUCAGGACCUUCUCAGGGAGCACGAAGAGUGACCCUGACAUGACAAAACCUCAGCCCCAUCCAGGCAGCCUCAGUGACACUCCUGUAACUGUAAGCACUGCCAGAAAGGACCUGACCGCUGCAGCCGCUACAUCAAUCUGUCCCUCUGCCAGAAUUGUAUCACUGAUCAGUAAGUCUUCAUUUGACACUGCCACACCUCCUGUAACUCCAGAAAAGGACCUUGUCUCUCCCAUAUGGACCCCUGUGUCCCCCAAAAGAACCACUCAUUCUCCUGAAAAGACUCCCACAGUUCCCAGGUGGAGCCCUGACUCACCUGCAAAGAGCUCCUCCUCACCAGACAAGGUGUGUGGCAGUCCUAAAUGGGCUCCUAUUUCUCCAAAGAAAGUUCCUGCUGCUCACCAUGCACCACCAGUUUCUACAGAACAGACUUCUGUCACUCCAGGCAAAGAAGUAAAUGGUUUCAAAGUGAGCACUGAUGAACCUGUCACUACCACUGAAGCAGGUCCUGUUUCUACUGAAGAGGCCAUUAUGCCACCCCAAUGGGCUCCUGUAUCCACAACAAAAACUCCUGUCACUCCCAAACAGGCUCCAGUGUCUCCUGAAAAGAAAUCUUCUGUGGCACCCACAUGGAGUCCUGUUUCUCCUGUAAAAAGUCCUGUCACUCCAGGGUGGUCCUCUGUGUCCCCAGAGAAGAGCUCUGUUGCUCCCAAGUGGUCACCAGAGAAAGAGACUGCCCCACGAAAGUGGUCCCCUGUGUCCCCAGAGAAAAGACUAUUGCCUGUGUCUCCAGAGAAGAAAUGGUCCCCCAUGUCUGCAGAGAAGAGAUGGUCACCUGUGUCCCCAGAGAAGAGAUGGUCACCUGUGUCUCCAGAGAAAAGAUGGUCACCUGUGUCCCCAGAGAAGAGAUUUUCGCCUGUCUCACCAGAGAAGAGAUGGUCACCAAUGCCCCCAGAGAAGAGAUGGUCACCUGUGUAUCCAGAAAGAAGACUGACUCCCAUGUCCCCAGAGAAAAGAUGGUCCCCUCUCUCUCCAGAGAAGGCUUCUGACCCUCCAAGGUGGUCCCCUGUAUCCCCAGAAAAAGGCUGUGGUACUCCCAGAUGUGCUCCAAUGUCCACCAGCCACAGUGACUCCUCCAACAGAGGCCACACCACCACCAGCAGGGGCUACAGGGAUGCUGCCAUCAGGGAGGCCAGCGCCAGCACCACCAUUCACCCAGACAUUGCCAAGCACGUGCCCAUCAUCACCAAGGUCUUCCCUCUCUCCACUACCACACAAACCUCCACCACUACCACCUCCACUACCACCACCACAGCUUCAUCAGCCAUCAUUGAGAGACACAGUAUCACAGCCACAGCCAUGGCCACCUCUGCCCCACACUUCUACAUUGCCACCACCAAAUACAUCCCUGCAGUGACAAGUGUUGAUGAGAGCUCCACUGAAGAGGACACCUUCACCACUACCACUGUCACUGCUACCCAUGCCACCACUGAUGACACAGACACUGCCACUAAGGACUCCCCGGCCAUCACCAAGAGUGGCUCCACCUUCAUCACCUCUAAGAACAAACCAGACACCACCACCACCACCACUGCACUGGAAGAUGACCUCCCCUCCAUCACGGCAUCUAACUUCACCACAGAUGCCACCACCAAGACCGUUGACUUUGACGCCACCACUGGACAAGCCACCCCAGCCACCAGUGCCACCUGCUCCAUCAAGAGUGUGCCUGUCACCACCACCUCUCUUCACUGCGCCACUAAGUACAUCAGUGCCGCCGGGAAGAGUGCCGCAGCGCCUGUCUCUGAGAGGUUCACCGCUGCCUCUGCCUCGCCUCUACCCAGGUCCUCUAGCCAGCCUGACCUCAAAGUGACAUCAGUGAGGCGGGGCGGGAUGUGCAGCCCCAACGACGUCUUCUCUGCUUCAAUCACGACAACCGUCGGCCCGCCAUGGCGCGCCGCCGCCCACACCACCAUCAGGGUCGCCGCUGUGCCGGAGAGAGGCCGCCCCGGGAGGCCAGGAGAGAGUCGCCCGGAGCCUCGCCAUCACAGCGUGGACUCCGUCAGUCGUCGGGUCUUCUCAGUCCGUGGUCCCGCCCACCGCAAGGCACAUCCGGAGCUCGCGGCCAGCGGCAAGCGACACCGGAGUGUUGGUGACGCAGGGCAUGACCAAGAGGGCGACGAUGGCUCUCACAGGUUGACCGCGAGUCGCCCCCAGCCUGAGGGAGGGCCUGGCGGGUGGCAGCCUGUUCGUUGCCGCAGCACAAUCACCCUCAACCUGCAGACGGAGAGCUCCUCUGCCGUCAAUGCGGCGCCCCGACCAACCCCAGGUUCCGGCGCAGAGAAAAACAAGCCUCAGCAGUCCAAGGAAAGGCUGCAGCGGUCCUUCUCUGCCGAGAGUUACACCGCUGUUCCUAAUGCCAGAGCCACCCCGCGUCAGCCUUCCUACCGCCCCCACAGCCCCGAAAGCCCUACCAGCCCCAGGGUAUCUCCUGAGGGCUCCCACCAGGGCACCACCGUCCUCGGGACUUUCAAUUUCCAUGAUCGUUCGAGGACGCCUUCCCUGCUGGCCCGCGGGGAGCCUCCCCCCAGCCUGAGCGACGGUUCCCCGGAGGAGGAAGAGAGCGGGGCAACUUUGCUGGGCACCUUCAAUUUCCUGGGCAGCCGCCACCCCGCCCCCCCAAUGGCCUCCCGGCUGCCACCGCCAGACGGCGUGCCAUCCCUCACUGAUUCUCUUAUCAGCCUCGAGGAUGGCAAGCACCUGCUGGCUGUGUUUGACUUCACCAAGCCCGGCAUGCAGCGGCCGCCUCCACCCCUCGCCGUGCGACCUCCUCCAGCACAGCUGCAUCGGCCACAGCCGACCAAAACCCAGAAGUGCACCCCUACUGCUGCCCAAAACCCCGCCCCUGUGGCUCCCAAGAAGUCUGUCCCUGCCUCCCCCACCAAGCGUGCUGCUACUCUUUCCCAGAGGCCUGCCACCACCUCUCCUCAGAAGCCUGCCUCAGUGGUUUCCAAAAAGUCUCCUCACUCUUCCCCCACAAAGGACACCCCGGCUUCUCCCAGGAAGACUGGCCCUGCCCCUCCCAUGAAACCUGCCCCGGGAUCUAGCCAGAAGUCUGCCUCUGUUCCCGCACAGCAGCCUGCACCUCCGUCGAAGACACCGUCUGCCCCAGCCAGCCUGAAGAGUGACGCCUCACCACCCCACUCUUCUCAAAAGUCUUCAGCCUGCACCGUCACCAAACAGUCGGUGGUGGCCACCACCGUCACUAGACACACAGCACCGCCUUCCACUGUCACCAAAAAGUCAGAGCCGACUUCUAAGGUCACCAAACAAUCGGCGCCGCCCACCACCGUCACCAAACAGACAACACUGCCUUCCAAUGUCACCAAAAGGUCAGAGACAACUACCACCGUCAACAAACAGUCAGCACCAGCCUCAGCCGUCACGAGCAAGACAGAGACAACCAAGACCUUCACCAAACAGUCCGAGAUAACUUCCACCAACACCAAAAAAUCAGCUCCGGCCUGCACCGUCACCAGACAAACACCACCAGCUUCCACCGUCACCAGAAGGACAGAUACGACCACCACCUUCACCAAGCAGUCAGCGCAGCCUUCCACGGUCACCAGGCAGGCUCUGUAUACCAUUAGUGACGACGAUGCAUCUCGAUCCCACGCCGCACGAACCUCUGACGUGGAGAGCAGCGGCAGGACACCCAACGGCAUCGUGCACCCCAAGACAAGCCAGACCACCAGCAGGAGGGAGCAGGUCACGCGGUACCAGUCAGGUGAGCCGAGCCGAUCCGAUGACCACUUCCACUCUGUCGAACUGAUGUGUCUGGAAGGAAAGGAGAAAGAAAACCAGCGGGAGGAAGAUGAUGACAGCUCCCCAGCCCCUCCCGCGCCUCUCUCCAAGCAGUCAUCCGUGGACAGCAUCAGCCAGUUCCUCUCGCGCCAGUUCACUGAUUGGGACUCCUGCAGCCCCGCCCUCUCCCUCAUCCAGUCCGGGGACUUCUGGUGCACCGAUCGUCCCCUCAGUCCUUCCACUACGCUGCCCCAUCAAGGCGAGCGGGUGGUGGAGCCCUAUGGAGGCGGCGUGUCAGCCCAGCACGCCCAUGCCACGACCACGGCUGGAGGAGGGCGGGGCGCACAUGUAAGUGGGGAGGCUGAGGCCCCGCAGCCCAUUGACCCAGCCAUAUUGACUUCCAUUGACCUGGAGAACGACCACCCCCGCCACGAGAUGCCCGUCACAGACACACCCCAGCUCCACCACAACCACCACCACCGCCACCACGACCUCAACCACAACGACCACGUGUUUGUGCACAAGCCGCCAGAGGAAGGUCGGCCGGUGGGUGGGCGAGCAGCUAAGUACGUGGUGCACGACGACCAUCCGCUGGGGAUGGGACAUGACAACUAUGCCUUCGACAGUGAAACGUCAGGUCAGGACAUUUACAGCUAUGACCCAGGCUACAGCUCUGAGAGGUCCCCUGAAGACGAAGAGAGACCCCCACUCUUCCAUGCAGAGAACAGAGACAGUGAUGCUGAGGAGGAAGACGAGGAAGAUGAAGAGGACGAUGAGCAGCUGCAGUCCACUAACUUGAGGCUGCAUCCCGGCCACUGCCUCUCCAAGGAGGAUCUCAUGAAGCUCCUUCCCUUCAUCAAUGAAGGAACUAUUUUUGAGGUGACUGUGAUCAAGAACUUACGGGGUUUGGGGCUGGCAGUGUGUGGAGGCAUUGAGAGCCAGGGGCCCUAUGCUGGCCUUAUCCGCAUCAAGAAGCUUUAUCCCCAGACUCCUGCUUGGCUCUGUGGGCAGCUAGAAGUUGGAGAUGUCCUGCUUCAUGCUAAUGACAACCCUCUUACAGGUCUCUCCAGUCAUGAGGCGCUGGAGAUGCUACGGACAACAGACCGUGAAGUAACCCUUGAGGUGUGUCGGCCUCCCCCAGGGACCUUCACAGCAGGAGAGGAUGUCUCAGAUGGAGGGUCAGGGGUCAUCAGUACAAGCCUCACCCUCCCCAGCACUAGUCACAAUUACCUUUCUCCCUCUCCAUCAUUUUCCUCUUGUGGGGAGUUUGAGUUGACUCUUACCAAAGUUGGAGGCUCUCUGGGAUUCACAUUGAGGAAACAAGACAACAGCAUCCUAGGACACACUAUUCGCACCCUUGUUAGAGAACCAGCACUCUCUGAUGGCAGGAUACGGCCUGGGGACAAAAUUAUUUCUGUAAACAACACCAACAUGUGCAAUCUGAGUCAUGAGGAAGCCAUUGCUUACCUGCGCACCUGCCCUGACACUGUCACUCUAAAGCUUUACAGGGAUGCAAUGCAGACCCCAGUGUCCCCAGCCUCCCCAACAGAGCCUGACAAGAUCCUGAAGCCCAAGCCUUUGCGCAAAGAAGCAAGAGACAUGCUGACAGAUUUGGCCAUGAGGAAACAGUCCCCUGGCAACUCCCUACACAUGGGAGGUAGCACCAAUUCUCCAGGAACACCUCGCAGAAGACGUCUGCAAAAGACCCCAAGCCCCGACAUCAAGAGUGUGGUUGCUGACAGAUGGGAUUCACUUGUGAGAGAAUCGGAUGAAACUUUGCUGGGCAGCCCCUCUCUGGAGAAGAAGGUCUCUCUCAACAGCAUCAGUGAAAUUGAACACGAUGUAUCUCCAUUUGGCGACAGUCAGACUGAUGACUCUGCCUCCACCACAGUCCGCUCCAGACACUCCUCGGCUGCCUCCUCUUGCUCCUUCACACCCUCAGUGUCAGAGUCUCGUCCUAAGAGACCAAGCUUCCUAGACCUCAAUACAGGACACAGCUGCCCUCGCAAGACACAGUUCACGCCCCCCCAUGAGAUGGAUCAGUCCUUCCCCUCCCCUCAAGGUGGCCACUAUCCCACUGGUGACUCUCCUGACUCUGCUCCCCCACUUACCUCAGCACACAGUGACACCCCUGCCUUCUCUCACCUGCACCAAGUGUACCACAGUGUGAAUCUGGGGGUGCAGCAUCCUCAUGAGGACUUGACAAUGGCCAGUGCUGCCUCCCACCAAAACCUAAGUGGCCUGGAUGGUGAUGGCCCCACCAAUCAAGGUCUUCUCAAAUGGAAAGGUGUUGUCUUCACACCAGAUUCAGAAGAUGAAGAUUCUUCCACUCCUCACAGUCCAACUGGCUCACUUUCGUUGCAGAAACAGAAGCUGGUGACGUUAGAAUUAAAUCGUGGCUGGAACAGUAGACUGGGAUUCUCACUGCAGCAGCAGGGUGACCAGACUGUUAUCACCGCCAUCUACGCCGACAGUGUUGCUGCCAAAGACGGACGGCUCAAGAUUGGAGAUGUGGUGGUGGAGGUCAACAACACCAAUGUUGUUGGAUGGGACAGUGAGAGUGUGAUUGACAUGUUGAGGAAAACACGAGGAAAGAUUUUCCUCACAGUUCACCAGCAGCCAUGUUGAUCCCAUCAAAAAGAAGCUUGUCAUCAGUGAAGGCUGCAGCAAGGCAGCAGGCCAGUUCCUGCCUGUUGGGGUGACACCUCUCAGCUCAGCAAUCCAAGGAGUCAUGGGGCUGGUCGUGACUGGUCAUCUCUCCACAAACUAUUAUUCUCUGGUCAGAAGUGAGUGAGGCAACCCAAGGAUCAUCCCACUUUGGGCCAAGACUCGGGGAGCCUCUGUGUCACAUCACAAAUGUGUAUUGUACAAAUAUCCACAAUUCAUAUGAAGCUUUCUUCCAAACUGUAGCCAUAUUUAUGUAGUGGAUCAAAGCUUCAUCCUAUAUGCUAUACUUGUUAGCUGUUACUGCUGCACCUAUCCUAGUGUACUGUUUACAACUCACUAUUAUAGUCUUUAAAAUUCCCAUCUUAAACUGCAUUGUUUUCUUGUUUUAACUUUGUUGUUAAUAUUAAAAUACUUCACCGAAAUGUUACCGGCAGAGUGUUGUUUCUUACUGAUGCAGUGAUAACAAGUGUGGGUUGGUGUGCACUUGAUCUGUCUGUGCAAUAGACCAGCUUAGUGCCAAAGAUUUCAGUGUUAAAAUGCAGAAACAUCAAAGAUAAUUGUUAUAUCAGUAGUAACAAAUGUCUUGCAUGUGCCAUUGUCUGCUGUAAGCAAUCCUCAAAAAUCUAAACAUUCCAGCUGAAAUUGUGUACAUUGACAUUGAUGAGGGAGCCUCAUGUUUGAGGCUGUGGAGUCUUUCACAUUGUAACCCUACUGUGAAUAUAAUCAGGAACUGUUGAAGGGCAGAAGUCCCUCUCCCAGCUACUGAUCAGAUAACCCUUGAGUCACCCUGACAAAACCUGGUGUGUGGCAAGGCUCAUGUGCUUUGUAAAGUAGGAUUGGUGCCAGAGGAGUGACCCCUAGCACUUCUUCACCACUCCUCUCCUAGGCCUAAUAGGCUGGCUCAGGAGUAAGAUGUUAAUAAUGUAUUUUAGGAUUAUACCAUCUAAACUGCAUAAAAGUUAAAUGAAUAUAUAAUUAUAUAUAUAUAUUUCCUGUAG